AUGACUAGACAAAUCAACUAUAAGUCACCUAUGUCUGUGAGUAAUUCUGUCGAACUGGUUAAUGCUAUUAAAUCCACCAAUCUGAUUUCAAACAACGAACAUAUCUUGGUAUCGUUCGACAUUGUGAACCUUUACACUAAUGUUCCAGUAAUAGAAUCCCUCAAUCUUCUCAUAGACUACCUUAACAACUGCAGUCUAAUUGACAACUGUGUGUGGUGUGGAACAAUCCAAGAGUUGAAAUCCUUCCUAGAGUUCAUCAAUUCACUCUCCAAAAUUAAAUUCACUUUGGAAAUUUCAGAAGAAAAUACCAUCAACUUCUUAGAUCUGAACAUAACCCUAAAACCUGAUAAUACGUUCGAGUUUAACAUCUACAGAAAGCCUACUCAGACCGAUAUAGUAAUUCCUAAGUACUCUUAUCAUUCUCCUCAAAUCAAGACUUUCUUUUGA